AUGGAUGCGUUGUUACGUGUUAGCAAUGAAUAUUUGGGUGAAAUAGUACAUUUUUUAUUUGGUCCACAAUAUCGAAAUAUCUUAACACGUGUAAUCUUCGCCAUUCCUCGUUUACUUCAUCUUUUUUCACCUACUUGGUUAAUUAUUCGAAAUGAAAUUAUUGCUAAUGUCAGUGUUCGUGUUUAUUACCCCAAAAAAAGACGUAGUAAUGCUAUGAUAUUAUAUUUGCAUGGUGGUGGUUGGACAACAUUAAAACCUGUUGAUUACGAUGAUUUGAUAUUUUAUUUUAUAAAACGUCUUGGGAUGCUUAUUAUUUCGGUUGAUUAUCGUCGAUCACCAGAAUAUCUUUAUCCAAUUCCAAUUGAUGAUUGUGAUGCCGUUUAUCGAGAGCUUGUUACUAUCGAUUAUAAAAGAUAUGGUAUCGAUCCGACGCUAAUUUUUCUAAUGGGUGAUAGCGCUGGUGGUAAUUUGGCUGCAGUUGUAGCGCAGCGACAACUGAGGGCAAAAUUUAUGAAGCCAAAAUCACAAAUUUUGAUUUAUCCAGCAAUACAUCCAUUCGAUUUUCAAUCACCAUCUUAUCAACAAUACCAUAAAUUCUUUUCCGGAUGCUCAAUGCUUAAUCCACGAAUGAUGGCGCAGUGGUACUUACAUUAUUUAGGUGUUCCCGUCACUCGUGAAAAUACACAAAAACUGCUUAAAAAUCAACAUAUUCAAAGAGAAGGAAAGCAGACUAAUAAAUUACAAUUCAUUAUUGGACAUAAUUUAUUACCGAUUAGUUUCAUUGAUGAAACAGAUAAAAAUUUUGAAGUGAAAUCAGUGGAUGAUAAUCUAUGUGCUAUGUUAUCAAAACAUGUCUAUAAUCCUGAUCUUGCACCAAUUAUGGGUACAAACUUAGAAGGCCUCAGUGAUGCAAUGAUAAUCACCGCGGGAUAUGAUAUUCUUCGUGACGAAGGCACAUUAUAUGUACGACUAUUGAAAUCGUUCAAUGUAUCAGUUUGCUGGAAACAUUAUUAUCACUCAUAUCAUGGCUUCUUGAAUAUGCCUUUUAGUGCUCAUAAAAAGAAAGUUUUACAUGAUAUUGCAAAUUUCAUCGAAUCAAAAUUACAUGAAAAUUCAUAG